AUGUUCUCUGUUAUUGAAAGAGCUCCUGACACCAAUGAUGAUGUCCCUGACAAGAAGAGAGCCGACAUCAACCGAGAUCAGUCUGAGGUCGUCGCCGCCAAACCUCGUCCUACGUUCGUUGAUCUAUUCCUCACCUGUAACCAGGUCAAAGAAGAAGCUGAGUAUUGGUUUUGGAAAGAGACAACCUUUGAGAUCCACGACCACUUUGUCAACGUCGGUGACCUCAUGCAUGGCAGCGACGCCCGUGUACGACGAUUGAAGUUCUUCAACGCGCCAUUCGACCCCUGGCAGGUAGGCGGGCUCAGCGACAUGAAGCGGAUGCACGACUUCCUCACUAUUGGAGCACUUGAGUACUUAAGAUUGAGUAAGAGCGUGCUGAAACUCUACGCCAUCUUCGACACUGAUGAGUGGGUCAUGACGUGGCUGGAGGAAAGCCAGGCUCGAGUGAAGGUUCUCGUCUUUCAUGUCGUUUCUGACGAACCUGAACAUGUGUCCUACACAUCAACAGUCAUUAGCUCGGAGACUAUUGUCAUCGAGUCGAAGAGAGAGAAACUGUGUAUAGAACAUCUCGGAUACCUCGUGCGAUGGUUCAGAGCUGUAUACGGCCAAGCCCUCAAGAAACUCGAUAUCACGGUGCAGACGAACAAAGGCCACAAGCGGUCCUACAAGCAAUGCAAGAAAGCAGUUACAGAAGGGAUGUUUACUAUCAAGCAGAAUGGGAAUAUCUCGCCAUUGAUCAAGCACAACCAGGAGGACGACCAGAUGUGA